AUGUCCGAAGAAUACAAGAAAAAUGUUGCCGAACCCUACUCCCAACGACGCGACAUGGGGACUCGCAGCGCCCUCUCCGGAGGAAUGAGCAUGCUCGUCAGCAGCAUCACCGGACCCGGUGUGCUUCAAAUCCCAACAGUGUUCCAAACGUCCGGGUUCUUUUUCCCCACGUUUCUCUUCCUCGUCGUGACCGUGUUCACGGGCUGGAGCUGCCUCUUUCUUCUCGAAGCCAUGUCGCUCUUUCCUGGGAACGCGUCGUUUGAGAGAAACGUCGAGUUUACAGUGCUAGUGCAUCACUUCUAUGGCCGAAACUGGUACUACGUGAUGCAUCUUGUUCUCUACGGCUCGCUGCAAUCCUUCAACGUUGCCUCGAUUGUUCAAGCUGCUCAGGCCUUUGACACCCUGAUUCUAAAUGUCGUCGGACAAACGUGCGGCUUCCAGCUUUCGGCGCCCUCGGGAUUCGUCUGUGUCAACCAAGUCAGCAACUCCAAUUCCCCCUUCGGAUCUCAGUUGAUGCUGCUGACGCUCGGUGGUGUGCUCCUCCUGGCUGUUCUCAUCCCGCUGCUGUACCUGGACCUGAACGACAAUAUGAUAGUGCAGUGGAUCUCGUGCCUCUACCUGAUCAUUUGUGUGUUGAUAUGGGUGAUUAUGUCGUUUUAUUCGGGCCAGCCUUUCAGCUCCAGUUUCUCGUUCAUGGCUCCUCCGGGAGGCGGCUAUGCCAGCGCAAUUGGUGCUGUCCUGUUCAAUUUUACCCUGGCAAACACCAUCCCGUCGUGGGUCAAUGUCAAGCACAAGUCCGUCAGCGCAGCAACGUCUAUCUGGCUGUCGCUUUGGUUUUCUACCAUUCUAUAUAUCAUCACUGGAUGGUUUGGCGCACUUGGAUUCCAAAUCAGCAACGGAUCCAAUCUGAUGGCCGCUAUCACCUCGACCCUGGUAACUGGCCGCUGGCCAGCGCUGGUCAAUAUCAUCAACCUGACCUAUCCGUUCUUGAUCCUGGUGACAUCGAUCCCGGUCGCCUUCAUCAUCGCCAAGCUUAAUCUCGUCACGUCUCAUUUGUGCUCGCCAGGCAUGUUCUUGGACGAAGGACAUCAAGUCCUGACGCAUGCGAUGGUGGUGCACCGCCGCGUGGCAUAUUUCUGGUCAACCAUCUUCCCCUUCCUUGUGGCGAUCCCGAUGCAAACCGGCCCAUGGGUCUCCAUAUUCGCCAAUUGGACCAGUCUGACCUUCCAAGCCGUUUGCAACUUCAUUGCCCCGCUCCUCAUUUAUCUGUAUCUUCACAAGCGUAAUCUUGUGAUGCAACAGUCCGUGCUUGACGAGCUGGACAACCUCGACGUCACUGCCAACAUCAAAAAGCGCGGCUAUGACGACGAGGAUGACGACUUUGACUACAUUUACCAUCUGCCAUAUGCCGACCCGGCGCGGAUCAUUCGUCGAGACCCAUUUGCAACACCCCAUCCCGCAAUCGGCGCCCCCGAAAUCAACGUGCCCUCGGUCAAGUGCUCCAAAAGCUCGCUCCAGUCCAAGGACGGCCACACCAUGACCAAGGCUACGCGACGAGCCCUGAACCUUAGUGGCAAUGACGAGCAUAUCCAGGUUCACGGACGAAAAAUGUCGCGCAUGUCGAACGGCUCUGCCAUGCAUCUCGGCUCCACCAUGAUGGGCGGCUCCACGGUGGGCGGCUCCAGAAUGAUUGGAUCGCGUAUGACCAUGGGCUCGCAGGCAUCGACCAACUUUGGCUCGGCCAUGUACAUGGACAACCGCUACUCAAGUGGGCUUGGCAGCAGACUCUCCAACGGAGGCUCGAGCAAAAUUUAUCCCGUUGAUAUGGAGGACGAAAGCCAGAUCUUGACCGAAUCCGGCAUGCAGAUCUCAACCGAUAUUAUGUACAACAUGGAGCCGCCAUUCAAGGCGCUGCCACCUUGGAUUACGACGCGGGUGCCGCCUUUUAUCGUAGCCCUGGUUCUGUUCGUCAUCAUGUCCGUUGGCUGCAUAGGAAUCCUGAUCUACAACAUCUACAGCCUCGCCACCGGCCAGAGCGGAUCGUGAGCGGCGCUUUUGCCGCCAUAGUCAUAUCCUCGCUUGGAUUGUGCCUUGAUUAAUCAAUUGAAUAAUGGACCUAUUGCUGGACUGCUGUUAUGGUGCUUUGAGAUGCUAUCGGGUGCUACCGUGACGCAGUUUAGGUGUUGCCGACCUGCUGCAAAUUUAUACCCGUGGCCGCCGAUAAGAACGACUCGUAAACGAGAUAUCCGUUGGCUUCAUGUCCAGGUCAUGUCCAGGUCA